AUGGAUGCGAGGUCGGUCCUGUCGCUGUUGUGUCUGGCGCUGGUUGGACUCGCGUCGGUGCGGGCAGACGCGGAGGAUCAAGGGGGCACGAAGCAUGUUUUUUCUGCUCGGGUGGAGGUGAGUGAGACGGGAGUUCGAGGUAGUCGAGGCUGGCCUCGUAGCCACAAUGUCAUGUUCAAGCCCAUCCCAGGUGCUAGUCCAGAACUCAUUCUCCUCGAUGAGCAGGAUCAGCAAAUUGAGCGCAUUGACAUCUCCGGCAUGAAUCGAGAGGAGCUCAAUUCACUGCUGCAGAAGCGGGGUUUCUUCCGGAGGGAGUCGCCGACCGACGCCGUCCCCGACGAGUUCCUUCGGGGACCCUACUUCCCCCACGAAGAACUCUAAUCGUUUCCCGUUUCAGUGCAUUCCCCCCUCUGGGUGUUGGGUUCUCGCACAGUUUGUGAUUUUCAUGCCAGGGAUUCCAUGUUUUAAGCACUUAGCUCUAGAUUUUUCGAAAAACUUUCCUACUUCUGGUUUUCUCUGGUAAAAUCUUGACACAGCCAGGUGAUGGCUGAGUGUGUUUUUUUUAAAUAAUGCAUCAUUAGUUUGAUCAUGAUGUAUUGCUGGAUGAAUUCAUGAGACUAAUUCCAAAUUAUGUCAAGUUUGGUCCAACUGCUGCCCCUAGAUCCUUCAAAACCAUGAGUAGCUCGAGGUCUCCAAUUUUUGUUGGCAUCUUCACUUUUCACGGGUGACACAUCCACGAUCCUUUCGGUGACCGGAUCACCCGAGUCUCCCGAAUGCACGGGGUCAAAGAGCUUAAGUUACCAUGUUAGAGGUUGCUUUCUGAUCACUCAAUUUUACAGAGAAAGGGAGAUGCAAUUUAGGUGGGGGCAAAGAUCAAGGUGUGUGAGGUGUUUUGUCUACUUAAACAUUCCAUCCAUUGGGGUUAAAAACCUUUACCUAUGUUUGUGGAUUCUGCCAUGUUUUCACAGAAACCUUCAGCCUUUCACAGGUUGUACUUGUGAUUUCACGUUUUCCAGGUGUCUUUGUAUUGAAUUUGUAUGGAACUUGGAUGCUUUAACAGCAUGGAUAUUGGCUGAUAUCCUCUAUGCUGAUUCAGGUUCUUUAAAUUUCCAUUUUUGAUGCCAAUAUUGAGUCUCUCUGAGGAGUAGACUGCAGCAAUUGCUUCCAAAAUAAAAGAUAAGUAAUUUUAACAUCAUUAUAUUGACCUUUCAGAUGCUAAAAAGCCACUCCCAGGCCUUAUAGCAUGUCUUUCCCAAAUCACUGAAGGUAUUAAUUUUACCACACUCAUCAGCAUGGAAAAUAUCUCCAUUUACCAUUAGUAAUAAUAUUGACUGAUACCCCUUAUUGAAAGAUUGCCUCACCUCUGACAACUGCAUGGACCUUUCUAGUGGAUUGAGGUCAAUUUUAUGAGGAUUAUGAAUUUUUAUGGUGUGGGAGGGUUCUUUACCUACUGUAUUUAUUGUUUGCUCUUAUGCUACUUGCAUCAUUUUGUACCAUGUUGAUUGCCAGCUAGCCUGUGAUGCCUUGUGUCCCUGUACGUCUGCUCUUGGAUGUCUGAAUGAUGAUCGGUCCGAAAACCCAUUUGGGGGGGCUGAACUGAUGAACUGGAAAUCCAAUUGGAGGAAUACAGUGGCCUUUCUUUCCCUGAAACUGGUUCCUUUCCUUGUUUUCAGUGCUCGGGUUGAUUUUUAACAAAGGGGAGCAUUUGAUCUGGAAAAAUUUAAAUCAAAGUAGUUCUUCAAUUGAAUGAGUCUCCAAGAAAUUGCAUUUUAUAUUGCAUAUGCAAACCUGAGGAAC